AUGGGCGGGCGAAACACUUACGAAUUUAUUCGUUUGAAUCUACCUGGUGCAUUACCAUCAAUAACUUCUAUUGAAAAUGAUCUUGCAAAAGAUGGUAGAAAAAUAAUUGAAGGCGAGUUUCGGUACGAUGCUCUUAAUAAUGAUCGAACUUCAAACGAUUAUCAGUUAGCUGUCUGUUCUGAGGAUUGCACGGGAGUGAUCCAGAAAGUAGUAUAUAAUGCAUCUACUAACACAUUCAUUGGAUUUGCUACACCACUCGACCACGGAAUUCCUGUUCCUCGAUAUUUUCAGACUGACUCAUAUGAGCAGUUGAAAACGUGGUUCGAGAAUAAUGAUAGAUCGAGUCUUUUAAACGUGCAUAUGCUACAGCUGCUGACAACAUCCGAAUCUUCUUCAUCUCCAUUUCUUUUAGGAGCUUAUGGAAUUACCAGUAAAUUUGACGCAAUCGAUGUACUUCGUCGAUGGUUGUGGAUAUUUGAGCGUUCUCAGCUGUCGAACAUUCGAGUCAUUGCUUUUGCCUCCGACUGUGAUGCUAAAUAUCUACGUGCGAUGCGUCUAAUUACAGGUUUUUUUGCAAAGCUUCCUAAUAUACUUGUGAGUGAACGUAGUGAUGCGCUUGAAGUGAAAUUACCGAAAGAGUGGUCUUCCUGGUUUUUCAUGCGAACUCGUCAGCUAUUUUUUUGCAUGCAAGAUCCAGUGCAUUUGUGUACUAAGGUUCGUAAUCGUAUGCUUUCUGAGUCUGCGUCAAUGUUAAUUGGGGAAGGACAAGUAUCAGUAGAUGUACUAUUUGAUUUAAUCAAGAGUCAGUCGAAGCUGAUGCACGGAUUAGUGAAAACGGAUGUUCAGCCAAAAGAUAGACAGAACUUCAGUUCUUGUAUGAAAAUCACAAGUGAUAGUGUUCUAUCUGCUCUUGAAAAUAUUUCUGGCUCAUAUGCUACACAAGUAUUCUUGCAACUUUUACGUAGUAUUAUAAUAGCUUAUUUCGAAAGCAGUACAUCAACCAUGGAUAGAAUAUAUCAUAGCUGGAAAGCAGUAUUCAUCUCCCGACUUUGGUGGAGUUGGUUACAGUUAGCCGAUGUGAAAAAAUUUCCUAUGACAUAUCAAAACAAAGACAAAAGUUGUCUUUUUAUCACAAAGUCCGCUUACUAUUCCAUUGAAAUCAAUGCUCAUACAUUGCUUUCAAUUGUUCUUCUUGUUUGUCAAGGUGAUUUGCCUGAAUCAGCACUGUCUUUAUCUGACUUUCAUUCACAGAGUUGUGAAAAUAUGUUUAGACUAACAAGAUCAAUGUCUGGCAUGUUUUCAUCAAACGUAAAUUUUACAGUCGAUCAAUGUCUUGGACGAGCUGGGAAACUUUCAGUCUUACAAGAAAUUGAGAAACAAAGUGAAUGUGAUGAAUCUGGAUGUUCUUUAAAAUUUCCUAAACAUCAUAAACGACGAUACAAAAAAUCUGUCUUGAUGACUGAUCGUUCACAAGCUUCUUCCAGCAUCUUAACACAUAGUACUAUUGAAAAAACAAUUUUUCGUGCCUUUAAUGAUGCCUACAAUAUGUUGUCUGUACUUGGUAUUGACGUAACUUUAAAAAAGACACAAAAAAAUACUUUAAGUAAAGGGAGCACUUUUGUACGUACUCAAAUUGAACGGAAAUCUCAUACUACUGACUAUAGUGAUGCUGGAAAUUACUCGUCUGAUGAUGAAACAGAUUCCAUAUUGGAUAAAGUGCUUGAUAUAUCCACUACGGACACAGAAAGCUCAUCCGAAAAUGAUUCUGAUGAAUUACUCACUAACUCAAAUAGCAAAAGAUCACAGUUUCAAGGAAUAAGAAUUUUCAAUGAAAUUCCUUCUUCACAAAUUGAUUCAUAUUUUCAGAUUAAGAUCGAUGGAAACGAAAAGUAUAUGCAUAAACAGACCGCAUGUUGGCUUUUUACCGAUAGUAAAGAAAAGCUAUCAGCUGAUCGACUUCAACGUGUUAAACAGGCAGGUAAAAAAUGUUCGAAAAAUAAAUGA